UUAGAUAGAGGAAGGUUAUCUGUGGUGACAGUUCCUGAAGCAGUUUUUCUCCCCACAAAUGACUUGCCUGCUGCUUUGCCAACAGCAAUGAUGUUAGCAGCUUUUUUUUUUGCUUUUUACUGGCUCAAUAAAAUGAGGAUUUAAUUUUCAAUUGCUAUUCCAUGGUAGCAGCUGUAGUUGCCACACAUAUGCCCCUUCUACUGUAAAAUGGAGAGUAAAGGAGGUUCUCCUCUAAAUCCUGGGCAAAGCUGUGACAGUUUUUGUUAGGGUCUUAAGACACUGAACUCUCUUCCUACUUUGGUGCUGAGGAGUCUUUUUUUCAAACUGGGAUGUGGGUGACAAGGGGGCUGCACAGUUCCCCUCUCCCACCAGCGGAUAGGUGGUGCGAGCUGCUUUGCAAGGUAGUAAGGGGAGAAAGAAGAUCACAGACUACAGCCUCCUUAGCAAAUUCACUUGUACCUGCUCCACAUUAAGAUCUGAAAAGAGGACCAGUUACACUCCUCCUAGCCAUCUCCUGCUAAACAGGAUAUCAGCACGUCAUCAGGUGGUUCUCAAGAUUUUGUAAGCAUCAGAGCAAAGAUUUUCAAGGCAGAGAGUGAAUUUAGAGGUGGGAGGAUUUGUCUUUGCCAAAGGAAGGCUCUUUUCAACAUAAGGGACAUAAUGGAUAAGGUGAUAAUGGAGGAAAAGUUCUGCAGGCUGAUUAGGGGAGUCAGCCCUUCUCCUGGCUGUCUUGUUCAGUAUUAAGAGGUUGAGGUCGUGAAGCACAAAUAAUUGAGAUGGAGGAGAAGAGUCAGGGAAAGGGUUACUGUGCUCAGGGUGGCAAGCUAAAAAUACGUUCUUUGCAGCUGUGUUGUAUGUAGGGCAGAGUUGAGCGGGUUUGUAGGGUAAAAGCGAUUGCAAAACUGAGCUGCAGGUCUGAACAAGGGCUCUGGGUCUGAGGGAACACUGCCUGGGAAACGGUGGAAGUACUUGGUUGAGGGAGUAUUCGGGUGUUGGGCCUGAGAGAAACAGUGGGGAGAGGGGUAAGAUUUUAGCUUUGCUUUACUCUGAAGGGAGGGCACAAGUGUGAUUUAGGCAGCGCUAAGCACUGACCUUGAAAACCUACUUCUUCAAACACCACCACUUACCUCAGCUCCUGCGAAGUUUCACACGUGGAUGUUUCUCUUUUGGCUUUUCUCUGGCAGAUACUUUGUCAAGGUGGCUUGGGCAUGGACAUUCUGGCUUCUGCUGCCCUUCAUGGCAGUCACCACCUACCAGUUUGCCAAGAGCAAGUUCCUCUACGGUGCCACGAAGAGCAUUUUGAUGGUGCUGCGGCGUCUCAGUGCACUUGCAGUGGGCACUGCCAUCUGGUAUGUCUGCACUGGACUCUUCAUGUACAUUGAGAACCUCACUGGCACGUGCUCUACCUCGGGUAAACUCAGCGAGCCUCGCCAGCUGUAUGCCACCAAGCAGGAGUGCCACCAGAACCACGGCAUCUGGAACGGUUUUGACAUCUCAGGGCACUGUUUUCUGCUCUCGUACUGCGCUCUGAUGAUUAUGGAGGAGGUGGCUGUGCUGGAAGGCUUGUCCAUAGACCAGAACUCUAAGCUGCGUGUUGUGAUCAACGGCCUCUUUGUUUCCUUGUGUUUCCUCACCAUGAUCUGGGUGUUCAUGUUUCUCUGCACUGCCGUCUAUUUCCAUGACUUCAGUCAAAAGCUCCUCGGUGUGCUGAUAGGUCUGUCAGCUUGGUACGGGACAUACAGAUUUUGGUACUUGAAACCCUUUUCUCCUGGACUACCUCUUCCAAAUAUACCUUUGAGUUCAAAGAAAUACAGUUAUAGCAGAUAAAAUAAGUUUUUAAAAUGUUUGGAUUUUGCUGUCAGUACUGGAGUAGCUGAAUGUAGGAAUGGUUACUGCAUUUCCGCUGUAAAGAACAAGGUGAUGGGCUGGAAGAAACCAAAUCUAUACUAGCUGAUGACUGACAGGUGGUAAUGAGCUGCUUCCAUGGAAAAAAAAAAAAAGAAAAUUGGUAUUGGAAGAGAUCUGCUCUUGUUUAGGAGCUUCUGACUGCCGUUCUCAGCAAAGAAAUCAGAAGUUGGAUCUGCUUCUCUUACUAAUAAAUGGAAGAGCAGAUCCAAGGCUGACAGAGGCCUUUGCUCUUUAAGAGCUUGACUGAUCUCAAAUUAAUUCUCUCGUUUUGGUUUAUUUAUGUCAAAAUAUCAUUAACGAUCCAAAUCUCAUACUGCUUUAUUUGUUUAAUACUCCUGUUUGUAUUGCCUUACAGGAAAGCUCUAAGAAUAUAGUGCUGCCAAGUAUUGCCAAAUACCCCUACUCGUUAAAGCAGUAUGUAACUGUUGUGAAACUGGAACAUCUCACAUUAUCAAGUGUUAAAUACAUCAGCUUGCCACAAAUGCUUCUUAGCUGUCUGCGUCUUCUGCAACAGAGAGUAAAUCUGAGAUGAAAUGUCUUAAAGAGACUUUAAGUGACUUUAAAUUCAUGCUUACCUUUAAAGAGGAAACUCUUGAAAAGCAGCCUUAACUUUCUCCUUGUGUGAAGUAUCUUUAAUAAUAUUUUGUCAUUUUAUUCUUGACACAAAAAACCCUAAACUCCUUCCAAUUUUGCUAAAAAGUCUAAUAUGAGAAUUGGGGUUUUAAUUUUUAUUUUUUUUUUAAAUCUUGUGAGUUGCCCACUUUGCAAUGACGAGUACUUUGUGGUCUGUUUCUUCUAGAAGAGCAAUGAUAUUCUGGUGUUACGAACAAGUUAGCUUAACCUGCUGUUUCCCAAAUAGUCUGCUUGGUAAUGAAUGAAACACGUUUAUCUUAAGAGCUGCAAAGCAGUGUGCUUGAAGCAAUAUUUAUUCUUGCUUAUCCAGCAAUAUCAAUAAGCUACUUAAUUUUGAUUGCACAUCAAGCUGUGGCCACUUUUGAUGUGGCUGGUAACCCACUACUGAAUAAAACACUACUGUUGUAUAAUGAAUAGGUAUGAAGUGGGAUGGGUUCACUCAUCAUAUCAAUCAACCGUUUAGCGUUGUUUUUAUCUUGGAAAGCUUUUUAUUAUUUCAUAAAGGCUUAUUCAUGUUGCAAUUGCACAAAAUUUGUUUGACAGUUGUAGUGGUGAGCGAGACCGCCAGCAAGGUCUGUGGGCAAGGCUGUAGGUCGUGUCCACUGAUCUGAGCAGGCUUGAUCUGGCUGCAGCGUUUGACUCCAAGGUGAUUAUUUUGCUGAAUACAGGGUGUGAUGCACCACGGUCUAAUCUCGGCAUGUUUCUGUUUGCCAUCUCAACAGCUCUUCCAGCGAGAGCGCGGUUGCGUUUGUAAUAAAUACAGCAGUGUUAAUUCCACACUUGUGGUCUGCCUCUGAGGAGAGCUGAAUUCACUUGGAUUUCCACUGAAUUCAGUGACAGGUGGGAGUUUUUGUGCGUCCUUAGAAAGUACAAAUCUUGCAGAAAGAAGCUGUUUCAGGAGGUGAUGUAUUUUCUGUCAAGCUCCUCCUUUUGGUUUUGCAUUGAAUUGCCUUUUAAGGCAAUUUAAUUGCCUGACUCUGGAAAAUUUGCACUGAUUAACUCAUAUUGGGUUUAACUAAAUUUGUUUAAACAAUGCAAAUUCAUUUGCAGACAUUCUUUUGAUGUAAUGUAAGCCUGCUCCAAAUAGAGUUAAGCUAGACCGCAAGCCACUUUCACCAUGAAAAAGGAUUAUACACCCAGAAGGUUUUCUGAUUCAUUUCAUUAGAUUUAAGUUUCUAUUUUAGGUUAUCUUUAUGUAACUUUGCUGUAUAGACAAGGCCUUGGAACAGGAAAUGCUAUUUAUUAAAACCAACUGACUUGCUGAAAUUAUCUUCAGUUUCAGAAAUGUUUUGUGCAAUCACUAUAUGGAUAUUUCAGUCCACUACUAAUCAGUAUCAUACAAACUUUUUAUUAUGGAAAUACUACGGGAUAUGACUGUUCUCAAAACUUUUAUUUAAGCAAUGAAAGAAAUACAUUUGAAAACCUUA